AUGUUUCCAGUGUGUGUGUGUGUAUCUGGUUAUGGAGUGUUUGGGUGGAGGGUGGAGAAGAUGGAGGCGGUGCAGUUGGACAGCACACAGCUGGGCGUGUUCUACACCGGGGACGCCUACAUCAUCCUGAAUAAACACCGCGGGGGGGCGGACCUGCACAUGUGGAUGGGUGAGGAGUCCUCCCGGGACGAGCAGUGUGCCUGUGCCAUGCUGGUCACUCAGCUGGACCAGUUCCUCGGGGGGGACGCGGUCCAGUACAGACAGGAACAAGGCGAAGAGACCGACGAGUUCAUGCAGCUGUUUCCAAAUGGAGUCAGUUACAAGCGUGGGGGGGUCGAGUCCGGCUUCAGGAAGGUAGAGGCGGAGCGGGUGCAGGUGAGACACCUGUACCAGGUGAAGGGGAAGAAGAACAUCCGGGUGAGAGAGGUGGAGCUGAACUGGAGGAGCUUCAACACUGGAGACUGUUUUAUUCUUGACCUGGGACAGACGAUCGUAUCGUGGAGUGGCCGUAACUCCAGUGUGUUCGAGCGGCAGAAGGUUCACCAGAUCGCUGCUUUAAUCCGAGACACAGAGAGAAACGGCAAAGCUCAGAUCUGUGAUGUAACACAGGGGGAGGAGCCACCAGAGAUGAUCCAGGCGCUCGGUCCAGUCCCGGCUAUUAAAGACUCGUCUGAGGAGGACAGUAAAGCAGACAGGACAAACUCCGCCUCCUUAUACAAGGUUUCUGAUGCUGUGGGUCGUGUGUGUGUAACUCGGGUGGCUGAUAAAGCUCCGUUUCAUCAGAAGCUCCUGCAGAGAGACGACUGCUUCAUCCUGGACAACGGAUCCAACAACAAGAUCUUCAUCUGGAAAGGUAUUGGAGCCAAUGAGGAGAGAAAGAGGGCGGCACUGAAGCUGGCAGACGAGUUUAUAGUGCGGAUGAGCUACUGCAAAAUCCAAACACAGGUGGAGCUUCUACAUCAGGGCCGUGAAUCAGUUCUCUUCAAACACUUCUUCUACAGCUGGACUUAAAAUCACCAACCACGCCCACAACCUCCAACCACACCCACCCACCCACCCACUCACACCUACUCCCUCACCACAUCCCCCUACAACCCACCACACCCACAACCUCCACGUCCACCCAUUUCAUCAAACGUCCCAACUUUUCUGGAGACGUGGUUUGUAUUGUUGAGAUGAAGAACUUUGUUCUGAUCAUCACUCGUCCAGGACCAGAAAAAAGACGAAGAAAUCUUUUG